CUGAUCGCAGCACGUACAUCCCACAUGAGCGAACCAACCUCUAAAACGAAAUCUCAGCUUCGAGCUGAAAGACGUGCGAUCCAGGUAACACGUUCAUUGUUUUUAAAGUGGUUCAUAGGAGGCUCAAAGGGCGGCAAAAGCUGCUGUCAAAAGUCACCCUGUAGGGUCAAAAAAUGUGAGGCCCGAACCAACUGUUGGUGCAAAAGCAACACAGCUUCGGCUUCCGGAUGUUCCAGAUCUUGUGAGCUUUUCGUUUUCCUUCUCAUUUAUUACAUUGUCAGACUCCAAGCUGUCAGACAGUCCAGAACGUCGAUAAACUGGUUUCGUUGGCUGAUCCUGCGCUGGACGUAAGAGAAGACAGCAAGUUCUCCCUGUUUACUGAUUUAUUUUAUUAGUUGUUGAAUCGCACACAAAACCACCAGUGGAAAAAUAUUUUCCUCAUCUACCUGUCCGAAAACAAGAGUCAAAUCGUGUGCACCUGCUUCGUCAUUUGAAGGAACCAGACAAGCGCAUAGACGUCUUGAGUGGACUUGGGUUGGGAAGUCAGUCGCCCAUCCACCCUGCUUUCCUUGUUCUUGGUGUUGAUCUGGACGAAGGUCGGAUAAGAGGCGCAAAUGAACGCUGUCUGCAUUUCUUAAAAGCGUGCGAAACAUUGGUUCGCGCCCAGAAUCCACCAUCAUCCGGUGAACAGUCGGCCGCAAAUGGCUCUUUCUUCGCACGGAGUUUCGGACCCACCCUGGAACGCCAUGUUACCUUCCUUGAUCAUUGUCGUCCGCUGGCGGUCACUGUGCGAAAUACCUACCAAUACUUGAAGCAUAUUCUUAAUCAGUUGGACUCCCUUGAGGAUUGGGAAGCUUGUCGAUCGCGGCUUCUGUCAGCCAUAGACGAGUUUCGGGAAAACUGUAUCUAUCUAGCUGGCGUGGAAAUUGCCGAACGUGCCAGCGCUUCUAUACGACCAGGUGAAUGUGUCUGCACUUUUGGUUACUCGUCAGUCGUGGCCCGCGUCCUUGAGCGAGCCUGGUAUGGCUCUCAGAAGGUACGCGCGGCACGUCAAGACACUGUGGAUAGCCUCGUUCCUAAACCCACUGGAACGGAUUGCAAGCCCGUACUAUUCAGUGUGAUUGUAGUGGAUAGCAGACCAUAUUUCGAAGGCAGGCGUAUGUUGGCUCGGUUAACCAAAGCCGGUAUACCCUGUGAAUACACGCAUAUUGAUGCACUUCCCUCACUGGUGCACAAGGUUUCCUUAGCUGUGGUCGGUGCACAUGCCUUGUUAAAUAACGGCUACGUUCUUGCGCGCAUUGGUACUGCUCAAGUUGCCAACAUUGUCGCAUCAGUAUCACACGCGCCCACAUUGGUGUGCGCUGAGACGUACAAAUUCUGGGAGCGAGCCCACUCAGAUGCCUUCGAAUACAAUGAACUUGGGGACCCAGACGAUAUUUGGCGUGGUCCUCGCGGUGUGUCAUCUGACCCUAAUGAAGGCCUGCCAGGUUUAGGGCCUACGGGGCUGCCCACAUUCUAUACUGGCCCGAAUCUGCUUGACUGGCGCUCUAAUCCCAAACUGCGUUUGCUUCAUCUCAUGUACGACGUCUUACCACCGGAACUUGUGUCAGCUGUUGUAACAGAAAAGGGGACUCUGCCAACCACCUCGGUACCAGUAGUGCUUCGUGUAAAACAAGCAGCUUCCUAUUCUCUUUAGUGUUUUCUCUGUGUGCCAAAAUGUAUAUUUUUUGACAUUAUUCGCGUUUUAACUUUCUCUCAGCUCUCUGGACGUUUCUAAGCAUGCUACUUGGGUUCAAAAGGAAACUGAAAGCCUAAUGUCUUCCUAUCUUCUUAUCGUAGCUGCAUAUGGAAACACUUUUAUUUCUGCUAUGGACGUGCGAGGUACCUGAUUACUGCUGUCCAAUGCAUGUCUUUAUUUGAUACUAAGUUUUCGCUGAGCUCCUUCAAGUUGUUUAUAUUAAUGCGAAAUAGCUCAUAUUGGAUGCCUUACUUAUCCAAGCACGGAGAUGUUCAGAGUGAUCUGGAAUUGGGGUUGUUAACUUGCUGCACAGGGCCUUCCCAGCCCAACCUGGUGUAUUAUCAUUUCCUAUAAUUCUAGCACAUUCGUGCUAUCUCAUAUCAUGCAAUAUAUGUUCGCGGUAUG